GCCAACGCCUCAUGGCGGAGGAGGAGAGCGAUCAGGAGGCCGAGCGCCUCGGAGAAGAGCUCGAAGCCAUCGUCCGGCCCCCGCCGGGCCCCGCCGGCCUCAGCAGCCGCGAUUAUUGCCGCCGCUUCUGUCAGGUGGUUGAAGAUUACGCAGGAAGAUGGCAGGUUCCAUUGCCUCAACUUCAGGUGCUUCAAACUGCGCUUUGUUGUUUCACCUCGGCCAGUGUAUCGUUCCCAGCUGAAUGUGAGCAUGUACAGUAUGUUUUGAGUAGCCUAGCUUUGAGUUUCUUUGAGUUGCUGCUGUUCUUUGGAAAGGAUGAAUUCUAUGAAGAGCCACUGAAAGAUAUUCUUGGAUCCAUCCAGGAAUGCCAGAACCUCCUCAGUAGAUAUGGAAAUGUGAAUCUGGAAUUGGUUACUCGAAUUAUUAGAGAUGGUGGACCGUGGGAAGAUCCGGUGUUACAAGCAGUUCUUAAAGCAAGGCCUGCCUCUCCAGAUUUAGUUAACAAAUAUUUAAGUUCUGAAAAUCCAUUGUUCUUUGAACUGCGUGCCAGAUACCUUAUUGCUUGUGAGCGCAUACCAGAAGCAAUGGCUCUCAUUAAGUCUUGCAUUAAUCAUCCAGAUAUCAGUAAAGAUCUGUACUUCCACCAAGCAUUCUUCACUUGUUUAUAUAUGUCACCUUUAGAAGAUCAGCUAUUUCAAGAGCAUUUAUUGAGGACGGAUUGUAAAAAUGGAAUUGAUAUCAUCUGCAAUACUGAAAAAGAAGGCAAGACAAUGUUGGCUUUGCAGCUCUGUGAAUCAUUCCUUAUUCCCCAGCUCCAGAAUGGGGACAUGUAUUGUAUCUGGGACUUGAUCUUUAUUUGGAGUAAACUACAGCUCAAAGCCAACCCAUCAAAACAAGUGUUUGUAGAUCAAUGCUACCAACUUUUAAGAACAGCAACUAACGUGAGAGUCAUUUUCCCUUUCAUGAAAGUCAUUAAAGAUGAAGUUGAGGUUGAAGGCUUGCAGAUAUGUGUGGAAAUAUGUGGAUGUGCUUUGCAACUGGACCUUCGUGAUGAUCCAAACACUAAAUGUCUGAUUUAUAAAACUAUUGCAAACUUUUUGCCAAAUGAUUUGGAAAUCCUCAGGAUUUGUGCACUCUCAAUAUUUUUUCUGGAGCGGUCCUUGGAAUCCUAUUACACUGUUGAACAUCUCUAUAAACGUCCUGAUGAAGAGUAUAAUGAACGCACUAGUUCUGUCCAGAAUCGUGUACGUUUUGAAUUGCUUCCAAUUUUGAAAAAGGGAUUGUUUUUUGACCCUGAAUUUUGGAAUUUCAUAAUGAUUAAGCAAAAUUGCGCAGCACUAUUGAGGGAUAAGUCAGCUGUUGGGUUUUUAAAUGAAAAUACACUGGAGCAUGCAUCUGGUAAUACAGAAAAGGCAGUGGAGCAGCAGCCUUUGGAUGAAGAUCUUACCCCUGCCAAUGACCUAAGCAGUGGUGAAUUGGAUCCUGAAGAUGUCUCUAGAGCCCUUUCUGGUGGUCAUGGAAAUGCCAAGAAAAACCUUGCAUUGCUUGGUGCUUCUAAAGUGGAUCAUAAUGUCCCAAGACAUCGAUGUGUGCUGUGCAACAGAGAAUUUUUAGGGGGCCACAUAGUGAGACAUGCCCAGGCUCACCAGAAAAAGGGCAGUUUUUCAUGUGUAAUAUGUGGCAGGAAGUUCAGAAACCGAGGACUUAUGCUAAAGCAUUUAAGGAAUCAUGUCAAAAAAAUACAAAGACAGCACCUUGCAGCACUUGAACAGGAGGAUCUGGAAAUUCCCAUUGUGGAAGAAAUGAAUUGUCCCGAUGCUUCUGUCUCAUUUGAGAAUGGAAAAUGCGAUAGUUCCAAAGAGCAGGAAAUGGAGACUGCUGUCGCCUCAAAUGAUGAAAAUAAAGAGGAGGAAAUCCCUGAACAAGUGGCCAAAAUCAUCAGUGAUCCAGUGUGUGAACCUGAGGAUGUCGUGAAAAACGGCAGUCAUGCGAGCUCUUUAAAUGAUGCCUCCGAGCCGCCUUUGAACUUGGAAACUUUACCUGAAUAUGAAGAAGAUGAUGAUGACCCAAAUCAGGAGUCUCUAGUGCUUAAUAAAGUAAAUGGGGUCCUAUGUACUCCAACUGAUUUAGAUGUUAUGGAUCAACAAGGAAACUUCAAGUGUCCUGCCAAUGGAUGUGUUAGAAUAUUUAAGAAAAUCAGAUUUCUGAACAAACAUGCCAGAAAAGCUCAUCCAGCCGAUUUCAAAGUGCAACAGCAUAUAAUGAAGUGGAACAAAGGAAAAUGCCGGUUUUGCCAGAGAAAAUUUGCAGAUUCCCAACAUUUUAUAGAUCACCUAAAGAGACACAUAUAUCCAAAUGUAUUCUUUUGUUUACAUUUUAACUGUAAUCAGAGAUUUAAGCUGUCCACUGAGCUUGCGGAGCAUAUGAAAAGCCACAGUGCUUUUAAGGCUCAGUGUCAUUUUCCAGAGUGCUGUGAGCUCUUUGAAGAGCUUCCUUUACUGUACGAACAUGAGGCUAAGCAUUACUUAAAUCAAACCCCAGAAUCUUCUGCCGAAACAAGUGAAAACAAUAUUUUUGAUGCGCUUUCAGAAUCACAUCUUGAUCAUCAGGAAAAGGACUUAACUGGCAGUGAAAAAGAAACUGUUGAUCUACCAGUUCCUACUUGGAAAUCAAGGAAAGACUCUACCGAACCAAAGACAUAUAUUCAAAGUGUUGAGAAGAAGACACAUGGCAUAGUUCAGAAUGGCAGUGAAAAUUCUUCUGAUGUUGCUGCUCCAGAUUUAAGCUUGCUAGACCAAAAGAUGCCUGUUGUAGAGCCAAAUUCUGAAAAUAGUAGUGUUGUUAAUGACCGACUGGUCAAUGGGCAUAGCGAAUUAGAGCAGACAUCGUUAGUUUCGACAGAUGCUGCUUUGAAAGGGGAGACAAGUGUAGCAAGGACAGAGAAUGGCUCCGUUUUGCCGAAUGUUGAGGAUGUACCCCAAGAACAGAGUGCCCCGGUAGUGUCUCAGUCACCUUUCAAACCAAAUCUGACAACUGAAAAUACUUCAUAUGGUUUAAUUGUAACAAAGCCAUAUGUCAGGCCGUUGCCUCCCAGUUACUUAGAUGAACGGUACAUUAGUAUGCCAAAACGCAGAAAAACUCUGACUGAUAAAGUAGAUAACCAUUCUGAGCAAGAUAAAGUUUGUAACAAAUCAGUGGAGAGAUUUAGAUGUGGCAACUGCCUGAAUAUCUACUGUAACUCAGAAGCACUUGAGGCUCAUCUUGCACAAAAAAAAUGUCAAGCGCUCUUUGGAUUCGAUUCAGAUGAUGAAAGUGCCUGAUAAAAUGUUACAGAAAAAUGUAAAGGAAUGGUGUGAAAAAAAACACUGAAAAGAUGCAUCAUCAGUUUGCUGUUUCCCAGAUGGCCUUAAACAUAGAGCGGUCUCAGAUUACUAAAGAAAAAUAUGACUUUGCUAAAAGACAAAGCACAUUUUCCAGAAUGAACUCAGAGUGGAAAUGUGCAGGUUUUGACUCUUAGAAGGGUUGCUACAAAGUCCCCAAAGUACCAGUUAUCCAGAAAACCACAAGAAGUACCAGUUUAUGAUCCAAACACAGCAGCACAGUCAGUUACCUAUUAGCUCCUCAUUCCAGAAUUAGCUGAAUAGCCAGAGAAGAAAAGUAGCUGUUGCCUUACAGAAAGAAAAACGAUUACUACCUGUAUAAAUUUUUUUUUAAAAAAAAGAGGAACUAAAAAAACUAUUUUAUAACAAGGGAUUCUCUUUUUUUUUCUUUUGCAUGCUCACAAGAUAAUUUUACUCUUUGUCAAGAGGCAUUGCCAAUAAGGGUGUGGUGUGGUUAAAAAUUGAUAAAGGAAAGUAAAGCUCGA